AUUGUACUUCACUUAUGGCUUCCUUCCAUGCAGAAGCUUCUGAGUCUAGCAAUGUUGAUUACACUCAACGAGCUCAGUGGCUCCGAGCCGCAGUUCUCGGAGCCAACGACGGGCUCGUCUCUGUUGCAUCGCUGAUGAUGGGCGUCGGUGCUGUGAAGCCCGACGCCAAAGCCAUGCUUAUUGCUGGAUUUGCGGGGAUGGUAGCGGGCGCUUGUAGUAUGGCGAUCGGAGAGUUCGUGUCGGUUUACACGCAAUAUGAUAUACAGAAAGCUCAGCUGAAGAGAGAUAGGAAGCAAAAGAAUGACAUGCAGUCAAGCCACUCGGCCGAGGAGGAAGAGAAGCUACCGAAUCCAUUACAGGCUGCGCUCGCAUCGGCGAUAGCGUUUACGGUCGGAGCGGUUAUUCCGUUGCUGUCGGCAGUGUUUAUACGAGACCAUAAGGUAAGGCUCGGGGUGGUUGCAGCGGUGGCGAGCUUGACGUUGGUGGUUUUCGGAGGAGUUGGAGCCGUCCUAGGGAGGACUCCGGUGGGGAAAUCGGCGGCGAGAGUGGUUGUUGGAGGGUGGAUGGCAAUGGGCAUCACUUUUGGGCUUACAAAGCUGCUCGGAUCGAAGGGGCUGUGAGGCUCUAUGAGUGUUAAGAAAUAAACC